AUGCUCUCCAUCGUAAAUGAGGCCACCACAAACGCUUACUCUGCAUUGACAGUUACUCACGAACAACGCUAUGUACAUGAUGCAUUACAAGCAAUUGAUAAUACAGAUAGAUUUGCAUUACUCAAUGGCCGUACACGUUCUCCGGGCGAAAAUAAUUAUGGUGCCAUACACGACGUCCACACAUUUGUCGUAGCUCGAGAGCGUCAUACGACCAUGAUUAAAGAAUGGAAACGUGAUAUUGAAGCCCGACGAGAUGAAACAAGAAACUAUUUAAUUUCAGUCGAAGAUACUCUGGAAGUACGAGAUGAUGAAACACAUAUUGAUGUCGAAGAUGCUGAAAUUCCAACAAGCCCAAUUAAAACGAAAGUUGCAACAGUCCCGCCUGUGACUGCAACCAAUGCGAUUUUAUUUCCCACAAAACAAGAUACCAUCAAACAAUUUACACUAAAUAUACAGCAAAAAUAUGCUUUUAUGAUUGUUACUAGUCACCUAGAUGGUGAAUAUUAUGCUUAUACCGGUAUGUUAUCUCGAUUUUGUUGUUGUAAGGUUUAG